UUACAAACACUGGUCGAGUUUAAUUGUAAUUUAUGGGUGAUUCAAAUUUAAUAGGCGAUCAUGGCUGCACCUCCUGAAUCCGUCACAUCUGGAAAUACGGAAGAGGAUUGGCAAAUAUUUGAAGUGCUGUGCAAAGACAACGUGAUGGACGAUCCUGAAGUUGACGUAACCACGACUUUGCGUAGCGAACUUGCAGCUCUUCAGUACAAACGCGAUCGCCUUACUUCGGAAUUAUCAGAAAUGAAAAGUCAGUUACGAAGUCGAGACCAGCGAUGUAUAGAUCUCCAAGUGGAAGCGGACCAGUUGCGCGAACAAGCAGCUCGUCAAAAUGCAAUUAUUGCUUCGCUCAAGAAACGCAUCCACGAAUUGGAAGAACGCGAAAGGAACUUAUUUGCAGCACAAGGGCGCAAUGAAAUCGCUAUUCAAACUUUGCAGCGUGAUAAUCGAUACAAUGAAGAUAAAGCAAAGGAAUUGGAGAAGAAAGUGCGAGCGCUUGAGCUCGAUUUAAACUCUGAAGAACAGAAAAAAGAAUCGGCGAGACUUCAACUCCAGGAUUUGAUUCGGCGACUUUCUGUCGCUUUGGGAGUAGAUUUGGCCGAAAGCUCACAUCUUACUCCGGAGUCAAUCGUUCAUAAAGCCUCCGAAUUAGUCCAAGAAACUUCACGGUUAAGAAACCGGUCUAAUAACAUCCAAGACAAUUUAUCGAGUACUGAACUGGAUUUGAGGACGUGUCGGGAGAAUUUAGAUCGGACUUUGGCCGACAAAGAGUGUCUUCAAAGACAAUCGGCGGCUCAAGUAUUAGAAAUUGAUCGGUUACGUCAGGAGAAAGAAUCUCUUGAAAUACAACAAAGAGUCCUGGAACGUGAUUUGAACGAACUCAAGGAGAAAUUGGCUUUUUCCAAUCGGAGUCUAGGGUCGGCGAGUGGGAAUAUCGCCCAACAGGAAAGCACAAUUUGUCAGCUUAGAGAUGAAUUGAAAAUUAGAGAGGAAAAAAUCCAAAGAUUACAAAGUGAGCACAGACACACUUUGGAAUCAUUUUCGAUUCUUUUGAGUACACCGUCUCGUUUUGUCGAUUCGUUAGAAACUGCAAUUAAAGACCGGAUUAGAGAUAUCCUUACGGAUAAUAAAGAUAAAGAAACGCAAAUUGAGGCUUUGAAAGAUAAAUUAAACCACGAGAGUCAACAAUUAACACGGCAAAUCUCGCUUUACGAUCAAGCAAAUUCGAGGAUUCGUGCACUGGAAGAUGAAAAGAAUCAUCUUGAAGCCAGAUUGCAUAAAGCCGAUGCUGAGAUCAGCGCGAUGGAGUUGUCAAGGGAUGGCUUGAAGAGAGACAAAACCACGUUUAUGAACUUCUUGGAUCGUCUCGCCCGCGCUUUAAACAUGGACGAAAUUUCGCACGACAUUGGUGUAGAUCUCCACACUGAAUCUCUUCUUCUCCGAGCCGAACAAUUAUCACGCCUUGAAAGUGAUAAACUCGUUGAUAAGCUGCUUUGCUGUGGAUACGGGACUUUGCCCCGGCUACGUCGUGAACGAACUUGUCAUGACAUACCGUUACGCGAAACCGCUCUGGUGUACCAACUGCAACGCCGAGUCCGUAACUUAAGAGAGCAAGUCCAGCGAAAAGACCUCCAUCUUGAUCUCCUUCGCCGAAAACUAGCCUUACAAGAAGACAAUAUCAAGACCAAGUGCCUUUUACAAAAUGAGCGAGAUGAGGCAAACAUGCGAGUCAAGAAAUUGGUCAAACAAGUCGACCGUCUCCAAAUGCAACUCUCAGAUGCCAAAUCACAAAUCAGGGAUUUAAACUCGCAACUGGCUGAAGCUGCUGACUACAAGAUCACUGCCCUCGAACGCGGCCGCAAAAUCGAAGACUUACAAAAACGUCUCAUCGAAUCCGAAAGUCUCCGGACGAAAUACAACCGAAAAGUGACCCUUCUGAAAGACCAAGUCCGCCAAACGGGAGACACUAUUGAACAAGAACGCAACAUUAGUGAACACUCUUUGCAACUCCUCCGCGACGAGUUGGCUCGAGUCAAGGACGAGUUAUCCGAAGUCCAGCGUCGCGAAGCGCAACUUCAGAGUUUCAAAGGCUCGAUUGCGAAAAUUCUGGGAGUUGCGUUGCCUAUGCCCGAUUAUGAGCUUAUUUCUAGGUUGCAAAAACUGGUGGAUGCGCAUCACGAUUUUACGCUGGUUUCGAGGAGAUAUGAUGAUCCGGUUUUGAGGUUGGCCACUAGAAGUCCCACGGCGGGAAGUAGGUGUACUAGGACUCCGGAUAGGUCGAGAUAUGAUGAUUCCGGGUACACAGAUGCGGCGGACAUUGAUGAUAUCGAUGAUGAUUUGUUUAAAAGACAGAGGCCGUUAUGACAAACGCAUUUUCAUGUCUAGAGGACAUGGCGUGACGUAAUGUGUUCAUUGAGGUCUUCAUGUUUUUUAAAGAUAGUGCAUUAAGUGCAAUGUUGUGUAGAGAAAGAAAUAAAUUAUUACUUAACCGUA